AUGCGUUUCCUACGUCCAGCAGCGCUCGGCGCACUGGCUGGUUUCUUCGGCCUUGCAGCUGCACAAACGACCACUGCUACAACCGCCACGGUGACACAAGCAGUCUCUCAGCUCACGCUGAGCAGUGACUUUGAAAUUACCAACGUUCCUGCCACUCGUACCUACGACUGGACGGUUGCAACUGCAACUGGCUCACCAGACGGCUAUUAUCGUCCUAUGCUGGUCGUGAAUGGCAAACCUUUGCUCAUCGACGUUAUAGGUCAAUAUCCUGGUCCGACCAUCGAGGCAAACGAUGGUGAUACAAUAAUCAUCAACGUCCAAAAUGACCUGAGUGUGGGCACCACUAUCCACUGGCACGGCUUGUUCCAGAAAGGCACCCCUUGGAUGGACGGCCCCGCCGGUAUUACUCAGUGCCCGAUCCCUGCAGGCUCAAGCUUCACAUACCAAUUCACAGUUAGCGGACAAUAUGGUACAUACUGGUGGCAUGCUCAUGCUUCGACCCAGCUCGCGGACGGCAUUCACGGUCCUCUUAUCAUUCACUCCCCGGAUGACCCUUUGAAACGCGGAGUCGACUACGACGAGGACCAGAUCUUGGUUGUUGCUGACUGGUACCAUGAUACCUCGGCAGUAAUCACAGAGGCACUACUGUCCCCAUCUGGUUACCAAGGAAGUAUCGCAGCUCCCUCUCCCAACUCUGCCCUCAUCAACGGACAAGGCAUCUGGGACUGUGCUACCUAUGGCAACAGUAGCACGUGCUUCACUCAAACCCCGUUCGAGAUUCAGGUUGUACCGAACAAGAAGUAUCGCUUCCGCCUUAUCAAUACGGCCUCUCAUGCUAUGUUUUGGGUCUCCCUUGACGGACAUACUAUGAACGUCACCGAGGCCGAUGACACCGGAGUUUACAACGAGGUCAACAGUGCUCUCCACCGAGUGAAAUUCCACAACGGGCAGCGCUACUCGGUUAUUGUCGACACAAGCGUUGGCUCCGUCGGCGACUCCUAUUAUCUGCGUGCCCAGAUGAACACUGCUUGUUUGACUACCCUUCCCGACGAUUUCUCAAACACGACCUAUGCGAUUGUCCGCUACGUGAAUGAAGACGGGACGGGAGCGAGCACCACCGACCCAACAAGCUCCGACUGGACUGACGUUGUUUCCGGGGCCGAAUGCACCGACCUCGAUACCUCCUCACUUACCCCAAUCGUGGUCGAGGAUGCCCCUACGACCGUAGUGAGCCGUAGGAUGUUCCAGACUGGGUUCGCGGUCUCUCUCGAUGCGGAUGGUAACCUGGAUACCGGGUUUGAGGUAAACGCGACCGAGUUUGUUGAUUUGGUGUAUCAGCCGGUUCUGCACACCAUUAUAUCCGGAGGCACAGUCAACGCAUCAAAUCUAGCCUCUGCGAUAUACGACUCGACUGGUGCCGUCGACCUGAUCAUCAAUAACCUCGACACGGCGAUCGAUCAUCCCUACCAUCUGCACGGAAUGACCUUCUGGAUCGUUGCUGAAGGUUCUGGCACUCUAUCCCUCGAAGACGCCGAGUCAGUCAGCUACAACACGACUAACCCGAUCCGCCGCGAUACGCAUAUUAUUCCUGCUUCGUCAUGGGCGGUCCUUCGCUUUGAAGCCAGCAACCCAGGUGUUUGGUUCAUGCACUGUCAUAUCGAUUGGCACUUGGCUGAAGGUUUUGCGGCAGUCGUGAUCGUCCAACCUGACGCAGUUGCGCAAAUGACCAUUCCUUCCGCCAACACUGCGAUGUGUAGCGAGAUCCCCGACGGGCUUGACGUCUGGUCGACCUCCCUGGGUCGCCGCCGUCGCUCUCUCCCUGACCCGGACACAGAGCGUCUUCGUAGGUCUCGGGUUAUGAAGGCUGCUUUGAACUAG